UCCGGUCACACCGGAAGUAAACAAAGGCAAAUCAUGUCAUUUCAACUUCAGCUGAUUCUGCAACGAUUUUCGUUCAAAAUCUCACUACAUGGACCCAUUUUUAAGAACUCUUCUUAAUGUGAAGAAUAAUAUGUGGCCAUAGAAUGAUACAGACGCGAUAAUGGCCUCUGCUUGCGUUGCAGGAUCGAAGUCUGCGUCAUGCUUCAUUUGCAAAAAGGAGAAACACCAGUCAAAUUUGUACAAAGUCCAUGGAUCUCGUGCCAGAGAUGGGAAUUUAUUUGUCAAAUUAGGUUACUUUUUUGAUGAAGAAUUGCUAAGAAGUGUUAGAAAAUGUUGUGAUGUACUCCAAUAUUGCAAAACCUGCGAAACGCAGAUCAACAACUGUCACAAAUUUAUCAAAGUUUGCCAUGAAGUGUUCACCGAAGUCUGUUGUAGAAAACGCACUGCGCCUACUCCAUUAGACUUAGAGUUGAGAGUUACUCCUCAAAAUGCUGCUUCUCUGAAGCUUAGAAAACUAUUGAAAUUUGGAGAGGAAGAAUGUCGUAGUAGUGAUGAGCCUCAUAUUGAAGGGGUGAGUGCCUUACCGUCCAUGCCACCGAUGACCAUCACGCUACCAAAUCGAUAUAAAAAGCUCGAUCCACAAUCGCAUGAAGCUGUUACUAUAGAAGAAACAGCCAAAGUUAUCAGCACAUUCACAAAUGCAGGACUUUAUUACCGAGAUCUAUAUGUAGGAAAGCCGAAUGUUACCACACAAGAGAUGAAAGAACUAAAAGAUGUUCUAAGCAAGCAUCAAGGAUCAUAUGAUGAACUCGUAAAAGAACUUAUGGAGCAUGACAAAGUAAAAAAUGCUAUUCAAAAGACACUCCUAAUGUCUCUCGAUAAGGAAUGUACAAUCUUGUGUGGAAAACGUGCUCCGUCUAAUUUAAGAACUUUUGCAGAUAUUGACAAGUUAAAGGAUGGAACGAUUGGAUACAAGUGUCUUGAUGAAAUGGAAAACAGGUUACCAUUCCUGCUUGAUGUGUUAGUUACAAUAGCCUGUGGAGUGAAUAUACCUGUACCCAGUAUGCUUGGCCCCGUGACCAUGGUAUAUGGCAUCCUAUUGAAAGCAAGAUGUCCGCAUCUAAGUGCAUAUCAGCGUAUGAUAACUCUUGUAUUGGCCAAAUAUGGCAUUACGGAUCGGGGCCUUGCAGUAUUUGCAGCACUUGGGAUAUCUCUAACUAGCCAAACUAAUCUGGAUGAGUGUGCCAGAAAGACUUCACUGAGAGUCCAAACACACAUGGCUACAAGUGAACUGGGUAAAGUUAUCUCUGGGAGCCGAGAUUGUGAUGUACCUUCAAUAAUAAAUAUUGAAUAAUCCCUACAAAUCUCAAUGUUUUAUCAGGAAUCGUUUUAGAGAAGCAUUAUUUUCAAUAUCAUUGACCUAAUCUCAUUCACCCUCUUUUCUUUUUCCGAACGAUUCCAUAAUUGCUGUGAAGAAUACCUGAACAUUAUGAAAAUAACAGUUUUAAAUUUAUUGUUGCGGCGUGUGAUGAGUAUUAUCACAACAUCAUUUAUAAUAGUCGAUUUUUGAACCUGACAACUGACUCUACUUAGUUACAUGUACAUUCGGGCUGCUAGACAGCAGGCUUCGUUGAGUAGGUUGUAUCGCUGCUAUGAGGGCAACUACCAAGGGAUCUUUUACGGCUCCCCCGGCCAAGUGAACACUCCUCUGUAGUGAGGUCUUUUGUUAUUUUGGGUUAUUCUUAUUUUUAAUUUCAAUCAAGCAGGCAAUUUUAUUGAAAUAAAUAUACAUUAAAUAUUA